AUGUCGAGGCCCAUAUCCGGGCCGAGAACUUCAACGAUGAGGAUUCGGGCUUUUCCGAACAACGUAGAUGAACGCAAUGUUCAUCAGACGUGGCUGCUUCUCAAAACUGCUAUUCAAGAAAUUCAAAAAAAGAAUGGUUCUGGAUUGAGUUUUGAAGAGCUUUAUAGAAAUGCCUACACAAUGGUUCUUCACAAACACGGGGAGAAAUUAUACUCUGGUCUCAAAGAAGUUGUAGAGGGUCACUUGGUCGAACAUAUCCGUUUCAAAGUUGCUAACGCUAUAAAUGGUGGAAGGUUCCUUGAAAUCCUGAAUGAAGCUUGGAUUGAUCAUACAACUGCCAUGGUUAUGAUUCGUGAUAUUCUUAUGUACAUGGACAGAGUAUAUGUUCAGCAGCACAAUGUUGAGCCUGUAUAUCCAUUAGGUUUAUCCAUAUUUAGAGAUAAAGUUGUUCGCCAAAACAAUGUAAGCGAGCAUCUACGAGCUACUUUACUUCAAUUAAUAUCAGACGAAAGAAGCGGUCAAACUGUGAACUGGACGGGUAUUAAGCAUGCUUGUCAGAUGCUUGUUGCUCUAGGUAUUGAAGAUCGUCAUGUCUACGAGUCAGAGUUCGAAACUCCCUUUCUUAAGGAAUCGGCAAUGUAUUAUAGAGCAGCUAGUCAGAAGUUCCUGAGUGAAAACAGUGCUAGCGUUUAUGUCCAAAAGGUCGAAGAAUGUAUCGAAGAUGAAGCAGCUCGUGCGAAACGUUACUUAGAUCCUUCAACAGAAGCAAAGAUUCUAGAUGUUUUGGACGAAGAGUUGAUUUCAAAACACAUGCAGCGGAUUGCUGAUAUGGAGCAAAGUGGAGUCGUUCCGAUGCUUUCGAAUGAUAAAGUUGUUGACUUGAGCCGUCUCUAUCGACUAUUGAAGCGAGUUAACAAUGGUCUAACCGUCAUCACAACCGCCAUGAGCAGACAUCUAAGACAACUUGGUGAAGAGAUCGUGGUCGAAGAUGGUGAACUCAUAAAAACUCCUGUUAACUUCAUACAGGCUCUUAUUGAUUUGAAAGAAAAGUAUGACUAUUUCCUUCAUAAUGCUUUCUCCAAUGACAAAGUUUUCAAACACAAAAUUCAGAAUGAUUUUGAAUUCUUCUUCAAUAAGACUUCCAAAAGUGCCGAGUAUUUAUCACUUUACAUGGAUGAUAAACUAAGGAAAGGAAGUAAGGAUUUGAAUGAGAGUGAGUUGGAACAACUGCUUGAUAAAUCCAUGGUGUUGUUCAGAUUCUUACAAGAGAAAGAUGCUUUCGAAAAAUAUUACAAGCAACAUCUCGCUAAGCGAUUGCUAUUGGAUAAAAGCAUUUCUGAUGAAGCUGAAAAUUCCAUGAUUACCAAACUCAAGACCGAAUGUGGUUGCCAAUUCACUCAAAAAUUGGAAGGAAUGUUCCGCGAUAAAGAGUUAUGGGGUUUGACUGUGAGUGAUUUCCGUACAUACAAGGAGCGUUUCAGUCCUGCGGAGAUGGCUCAAAAAGACCCUGCCGAAAUAACAGUACGUGUUCUGACUUCCGGAGUUUGGCCUACUCAGGGUCCAUCUCCUUGUGUCUUACCUAAAAAAUGUUCAACAAGCUUCAAGACAUUUACCGAUUUCUAUACCUCCAAACAUAGUGGUCGCAAAAUAACAUUGAAUACUACUCUGGGAUCUGCUGAUAUUAAAGCAUAUUUCUAUGGUACAUCUAAAGAUGAUGUCAGCUCCCAGGGUUCUUCUAACUCCAUUACGCGUAAAGAGGAGACCAAGAUUCUACAUACAAGUAAUACGUACUUAAUGAUAAUUCUAUUACUGUUCAAUAAAAAGAAUAAGUUUACUUUCGCUGAACUAGCGGAUGAUACUCACAUACCUGAAAAGGAUCUGAAACGUAACUUACAAUCAUUGGCUAUGGGUAAAGCCACCCAGCGAAUAUUAUGCAGAAAAGGUGUUGGAAAAGAUAUAGAGGCGCAGGAUGAGUUCACAGUAAACGAUGGAUUCACUUCGAAGUUCAGUAGAAUAAAAAUCCAAUUGGUAACAUCGAAAAGCGAAACAGAAGCUGAAAGAAAGGAAACAAAGAAUAAGAUUGAUGAGGAUCGUAAGUUAGAGGUGGAAGCUGCGAUUGUCAGAAUAAUGAAAGCUAGAAAGAAAUUGGUGCAUAACUUACUGAUAUCUGAGGUAAUUGAUCAACUCAAACAUCGAUUUGAACCCUCUCCGCAACUCAUUAAAAAACGUAUUGAAGCUUUGAUAGAGCGAGAGUACUUGGCGAGAGAUGAACACGACCAGAAGAGUUAUAGCUAUAUAUAA